UUUUUUUCUUCUUCAACUCGUUUUUCUUUUCUUUUUUGUUUGUUCCUUUAUAAUAAAAUAUGGCCAAAAAAAUACUAGGAAAAAAGACGGAAAAGAAAGCUAUUAAAGCUAACCGUCCUGUAAGGGCUGAUUGGAAAGAAGGUGUUAAAAAGAAACAAGUGGGUGUUUCUGAUAUGACACUACUUACAAAAAUUACAAACGAAGCUAUAAAUGAUAACUUGCAAAAAAGAUGGCAAAAUGCCGAGAUCUAUACUUAUAUUGGCCAUGUACUCAUUAGUGUUAAUCCUUUUCGAGAUUUGGGUAUUUAUACAGAUGAUAUAUUAGCUAGUUAUAAAGGGAAAAACUUGUUAGAGAUGCCACCUCAUGUAUUUGCUGUUGCUGAAUCAUCUUAUCAUCACAUGAACAGCUAUAAAGAAAAUCAAUGUAUCAUCAUUAGUGGUGAAUCAGGUGCUGGUAAAACAGAGGCAGCCAAAAGAAUUAUGCAAUAUAUCGCCGCUGUUUCUGGUAAUGGCCAAAAUAGUUCAAUCAAAGAAAUUAAGGAAAUGGUCUUGGCAACCAAUCCUUUAUUGGAAAGUUUUGGUUGUGCAAAAACACUUCGCAAUGAUAACUCUAGUCGACAUGGUAAAUAUUUGGAAAUUCAGUUUAAUAGUCAAGGUGAGCCUGUUGGUGCUGUCAUCACAAAUUAUCUACUUGAAAAAAAUCGUGUAGUGGGUCAAAUUGAUAAUGAACGAAAUUUUCAUAUUUUUUAUCAACUCACAAAGGCUGCUCCUCAGGAAUAUCAACAAUCCUUUGGUAUUCAAGGCCCAGAUAGCUAUUUAUAUACAAGUAAAAGUAACUGCUUGGAUGUAAAUGGUAUUAAUGAUAUCCAGGAUUUUCAAGAAACUUUAAAUGCUAUGAAUAUUAUUGGAUUACAAAAACAUGAACAAGAUGAAAUCUUUAAAAUAUUAGCCGUCAUACUUUGGUUGGGUAAUAUUAUCUUUGUUGAAGACGAUAAUGGUCAUUCCAUGGUCUCAGAUGCUGAUGUCGCGAACUUUAUUGCUUAUUUGAUGGAAGUGGAUGCUGAAAGUCUAACAAAGGCUUUAACCAGUCGUGUCAUGGAAACUCAGAGAGGUGGUAGAAGAGGAAGUAUUUAUGAAGUUCCACUCAAUAUGGUUCAGGCUAUAGCUGUACGUGAUGCUCUUGCAAAGUCAUUAUAUGAAAGACUCUUUGAAUGGAUUGUCAUGCGUGUCAAUAUAUCGCUUCAGUCACGUAGUUCUCAUCAAUAUACUAUGGGUGUUCUUGAUAUUUAUGGUUUUGAGAUCUUUGAAGAAAAUAGUUUUGAGCAAAUGUGUAUCAAUUACGUAAAUGAAAAACUUCAACAAAUCUUUAUUGAAUUAACUUUAAAGGCAGAACAAGAGGAAUACGUACGUGAACAAAUCCAAUGGACUCCCAUCAAGUUUUUUAACAAUAAAGUGGUUUGUGAUUUAAUCGAAGAGAAACGUCCACCCGGUAUCUUUGCUGCUCUUAAUGAUGCCUGUGCUACUGCUCAUGCUGAUUCAAGUGCUGCGGAUAACUCAUUUGUUCAACGUCUUGGCUUCUUAUCUUCCAAUCCUCAUUUUGAAUCUAGAGGAUCCAAAUUUUUAAUUCGACAUUAUGCAGGUGAUGUACUUUAUAAUGUAGAAGGUAUGACCGACAAAAACAAAGACUCUUUAUUGAAGGAUUUAUUGAAUUUGGCAACAAGCUCAACCAAUUCAUUUAUCUCCAAUACUCUCUUCCCUGAAAGAAUGGAUCCUAAUUCUAAAAAGAGACCUCCUACUGCAGGUGAUAAGAUCAAGGCAUCUUGUAAUACUUUAGUCACCAAAUUAAUGCAAUGCCAUCCUAGUUAUAUUCGAACUAUCAAAUCUAAUGAUAAUAGAAGUGCAACAGAAUACGAUGAGAAGCGCGUCUUACAUCAAAUUCAAUACCUUGGUCUAUGUGAGAAUAUACGUGUUCGUCGAGCUGGCUUUGCAUACAGAACAACUUUUGAUAAAUUUGUUGAAAGAUUUUAUCUAUUGUGUCCAACUACGGGUUAUGCUGGUGAAUAUAUCUGGAAUAAAGAUGCAAGGAGUGGGGCCUUGGAAAUACUAAAAUAUAAUAAUAUUCCUACUGAUGAAUGGCAGAUGGGCACAACUAAAGUAUUUAUUCGACAUCCUGAAACCAUUUUUGCACUAGAAAGUCUUCGUGAUAAGUAUUGGCACAAUAUGGCAACUCGUAUUCAGCGUGCUUGGCGUGCUUAUGUACGCUAUAAGAUAGAAUGUGCAAAAAAGAUCCAACGAUUUUGGAGACAAAACAAAUACAAUAUUGGUUAUCUUCAAAUGCGUGAAUAUGGACAUCAAAUUUUAGGUGGCCAAAAGGAGAGAAGACGAUUCUCACUUGUCAGUAUGAGAAGGUUUACUGGAGAUUAUUUGGAUAUAAAAUCUGGAUCUGGAUUAUCAACUAUGAUUAGAAAUGCAAUUAGCUUUAAACCUAAUGAAAAAGUCAUCUUCAGCAUGCGUGGUAGUAUAUUAGUGCCUAGAGCUAUGAGAUCAAGUAUUCCUAGUCCAAGAACUUUUGUUUUGACGAAUCAAAACUUGCAUAUUAUUAUGGCAACCAAGAAUGGGAAAACUUUAUCUAUGAUAGAUGAAAAGAUUCUUAGUCUUAAUAUUAUUAAUGGAAUGAGUGUUUCAACACUCCAAGAUGACUGGGUCGUAUUACAUGUUGAUUCCUUUCCUGAUGGCGAUGUCAUUUUAUCAUGUACCUUCAAGACAGAACUGUUAGCCCACAUAUCUCAACAAACAGGAGGACGUAUUCAAGUUUCUGUUGUACCUCAAAUUCAAUAUAAAAAGAAAGGAGGUAAAUCUGUGACUAUGAAGUUUAUUAAGGAUGAAACUGCAAAAGGGGAUGGGAUUUAUAAAAGCCAUGUUGUUAAAAUUUGUUCAGGUGCUCCUCCUGGAAGUCAAUCUGCACCACCUUGUGCUGUUAAAGCUAGACCUACCAAGUCUACCACAGCCCGAUCUACUCCUCGUAAAAUGAAUACACGGAAUGUACCCACUCCAAAAGCGAAUAUUCAGUCAACACUUGAAAAUAGUGGGCGUGUCAUGCCUACUAAUCAUUCUGCUUCCCUUCCCCCACCCGCGCCCCCACUUCCACCAUCACAAGCUUCUACCAAACCUCAAUACAAAGUCAUUUAUCCCUAUAGUUCACAACAGCCUGGUGAUAUUAUGAUUGAACCAGGAGAUAUUUUAGAAAUCAUUACUAAAGAAGAAACUGGGUGGUGGUUGGCUCGUAAGGAUCAAGUUGAAGGAUGGGUACCUAGUAAUUAUUUAGAGGAAUAUACACCACCUGUACGUACUAUGCUACCACCACCACCUCCUCCUCCUCCCUCAAGAAGGGCUCCUCCUGCUGUACCUAAAACUGAAUCAGCUUCUACUGUACCACAUAGUGCGGCUAUUACUACGAGUGUAUCAAACACAACUACAAAUGGUAUACCAGCCUGGAAACAAGAGUUAAUGGAUGCACGUCAAAACAAAAGUGCUGUGAAUGGAACUCCUGUGCCUGCAGCCAGGAAAGCAGCACCUCCUACACCAGGACCUAAACCUGUAGUACCUAAAAGUAAACCUACUGUUCCUGCAAGGCCCGGAACAGCUCCUACACCUGCUCCUCGUGCCCCUCCUCGUAAUAAUGGCACCUCAUCUAGUGCAGCUGCUUCUUUGGCUGAUGCUCUUCGUGCACGUAGACAACAUGCAGUUCAAGAUGAUGAUGACGAUGAUGAGUGGUAAAAAAAAAAAAAAAGCAUAGCUAUCUCUCCUUUCUUUUAGAAUAUUUAUUUAUUAUAUAAAAAAGACUACUACUACUACUACUA